UGAAUUCGAACGAGAAGGCACUCGAUCCACAGCGUCGAUACCAGAUACUCCAAGUCGAUACCGAGACCAACUCUCUUCGCCAAGAUGUUCAAGUUCGUCGUCCUCGCCGCCCUCGUGGCCGUCGCUUCGGCCGCACCUGGAGGCCUUCUGGCCGCCCCCGUCGUCGCCGCCCCCUACGCCGUGGCCCACUCGGUCCCGGUCGCCACAAGCUACGCCAACACCUACAAGGUGUCCGUCAAGAGCCCGAUCGUCGCCGCCGCCCCAGCCCCCCUUGCCUAUUCUCACGCCGUCGCCGCCGCCCCCCUCGCCUACGCUCACGCUCCGGUCGCAGCCUAUGCCGCCCCCGCCUACGUCCACUCUGCCCCCCUGGCCUACGCCGGGUACGGAGCGGCCUACAUCCACCCCGAGUUGGCGAACUCGUCGUCGAAGGUCUCGGUCCCGGACGACGACGCGCUCCUAUAUAAACGACGGGAGAGCUCUACGGAGCAGAUCAGUCUCAGGUUAAACUCAAACCAACCGCCCAAACAAAUCCAAAUCAACAUGUUCAAGCUGAUCUUCUUGUCCGCUUUCGUGGCUGUCGCCUUCGCCAGGCCGAGUGCCCACCACGCGCUGGUCGCCGGUCCGGCAGUCGUCGGCCGCCUCGUCUCCGAGAAGACGGUGGAGUCUCAUGGAAACACGGUGGUCCACAACUCCGCACCGUUGGUUCACGCCGCGGUUCCUGCCGUCGCCUACGCCGCAGCCGCCCCCCUCGUAGCAGCCGUCCCCGCCGUCCACGCCGUCCACGCCGUCCACGCCGUUCCCCAGGCUCACCUCAUCUCCGAAAAGACGAUCGAGUCCCACGGAAACUCUGUGGUCCAUGGAACAGCUCCCGUAAUUUCAUACGCCGCUGCAGUCCCCGCCGUCAGAUACGCCGCCGCCGUCCCCGUCGCCCCGCACUCGGCCCUCAUUUCUGAGAAAUCCGUCUCCAGCUACGGCCACAGCAUCGUUCACCAGGGAUCUCCGGUCGUCCACACCUUGGCCGCAGCCCCGGCACUGACUUACUCGGCUUACGCUCACCCCGCUAUCAGCGUUUGGUAAUCGUCUUUAUCCCGACGACUGAUGCGAUACGACGAAUAUGGAGCUGGCGGAGGAACACACUCGUAGACAGGCAUAGCUGUAGGCUAGAGCUGCUAGGAUACAUCGGUAUUAGUUUUAUUGAGAUGGUCUAGCGUGAGUCUAGCGCUGAACAUGCAGCUUGAACCAUUUCAACUACUGUUGUACCAUCGACAAUCCAGGCGAGACUGCGGUGUGUUGAGUUACUUGUUUUUAACUACUACCUAACAUGUCGCAACUCGAAUGGCAAUGUCGAUUAUUGGCCGUUGCAAGGUCGGCAGUCUUAAUGGAAUACGUGAAAGAGGCCCAACUGAGUAACGCCCGGUAUAAACAGUCGAUCGAUUAUAUUCAUAAGUUUGGGAACCUGAUCGCGUCAAAAUUUCUAAAUCUAGGUAUUCAAUUACAUCGGUUAUCAAACUAGACCAUUUUUAUAUUGCACGGUUAUAAAAUAAUAACUCUUUGCAACUCAUGGAAAAAUAAAUCAUAUCAUGUCGAUAGCACCUCAA